GCAAGUGGUUUCCACAAAUGCUGUGGUGCGUGUGUGUAUAUAUAGCCCACCGGUCCACAAAAGUUCUACGCCUCUGGAACCGGAAGCACACCUACAGCACUACACAGCACACACACGAUCUGAACUUCCUCUGACAAGCCCGAUGACGGUUGAAGCGCUGGAAUCGGUCGCCGUGGUGGCCGUGCCGUUCCCGGCGCAGGGCCACCUGAACCAGCUGCUCCACCUGUCGCUGCUGCUCGCGUCGCGGGGGCUCCCCGUGCACUACGCUGCGCCCCCGCCGCACGUCCGCCAGGCGCGCGAGCGCGUGCACGGCUGGGACCCCGGCGCCCUCAGCUCCAUCGAGUUCCACGACCUCAACGUCCCCGAGUACGACUCCCCGGCCCCGGACCCGGCGGCGCCCUCACCGUUCCCGAACCACCUCAUGCCCAUGUUCGAGGCCUUCACCGCCGCGGCGCGCGCCCCGCUCGGCGCGCUCCUCGCCCGCCUGUCCACCACCUACCGCCGCGUCGCCGUCGUGUUCGACCGCCUCAACGCCUUCGCCGCGACCGAGGCGGCGCGGCUCGCCAACGGCGAGGCGUUCGGGCUGCAGUGCGUGGCCAUGUCGUACAACAUCGGGUGGCUGGACCCCGGGCACCGGCUCCUGCGCGACUACGACCUCCAGUUCCUCCCCGUGGACGCGUGCAUGUCCAAGGAGUUCGUGGAUUUCGUCCUGCGGAUGGAGCUGGACGAGCAGGUCGCGCCGGUCGCCGGCGUGGUCAUGAACACAUGCCGGGUGCUGGAGGGCGAGUUCAUCGACGUGGUUGCCGCGUCGCCUCAGUUCCAAGGGCAGAGGCUUUUCGGGGUCGGGCCGCUGAACCCGCUGCUCGACGCGGACGCCCGGAAGCCAGGACAGGCGCGGCACGAGUGCCUGGAGUGGCUCGACACGCAGCCGCCGGCGUCCGUGCUCUACGUCUCCUUCGGCACGACGUCGUGUUUCCGCGCCGAACAAAUCGCCGAGCUCGCGGCGGCACUGAAGGGCAGCAAUCAGCGUUUCAUCUGGGUACUCCGCGACGCUGACCGAGCGGACAUAUUCGCUGACUCCGGCGAGAACCGGCACGCCAAGUUCCUGUCCGAGUUCACGAAGGAAACCGAGGGGACGGGUAUGGUGAUCACCGGGUGGGCGCCGCAGCUGGAGAUCCUCGCUCACGGUGCCACGGCGGCGUUCAUGAGUCAUUGUGGUUGGAACUCAACCAUGGAAAGCCUAAGUCACGGGAAGCCGGUGCUUGCAUGGCCCAUGCACUCCGACCAGCCAUGGGACUCGGAGUUGUUGUGCAAGUACCUCAAGGCCGGCCUCCUCGUCAGGCCCUGGGAGAAGCACGGUGAAACAAUACCGGCAGAGGCCAUCCAGAAGGUUAUCGAGGAAGCAAUGCUGUCAGACUCAGACAGCGGGAUGGCGGUGCGGGAGCGGGCCAAGGAGCUCGGAAAGGCGCUCCGCGCCUCCGUGGCCGACGGCGGGAGUUCACGCAAGGAUCUCGACGACUUCAUUGGGUACAUCACGAGAUGAACAUACGACGCAUGUGGGGGAAACACUUAUGGUGCUUUGAGCGGUCGAGUGGUUCAGUUUGAUUUUUCAUAGGGAAAAAAUAAUUUCAAUGCACCGUACCACACAGAAGUUUAAAAAUAUACCUUUUCUGUUCACUUCAUGACAUUUGUACGCCGGAGCUGUUAACACAUGGACAUUUGUGAUUGGCGGUUUCGGA